AUGCGUGUAAGAACGUUGGAGAUUCGUUGGCACGACGGCAAGCCCAUCUCGACCUGCGACUUUCAACCCAUCCCGUUCAAGAAGGCGCGUCCGCCCCAAGACAAGGGCUUCACGCGCCAGUCGUACCGGCUCGCCACCGGUGGUGAGGACAAUCAUGUUCGAAUAUGGAUGGUGCAUCCCAACAUCCUACCCCCGUCUGUGAUUGAGAGCGCGUCGGCAGACGCGACGGGGGCUGCGCCCACGCCGCGGCCGCCACGCGUUGAAUACUUCGCGACACUUAGUCGACACUCUGCUGCUGUGAAUGUUGUCAGGUUCAGUCCUAAUGGCGAGUUGAUUGCCUCAGCGGGUGACGAUGGCAUGAUCCUAAUUUGGGCGCUGUCUACUACGCCAAACCAAAGUGUAUAUGGGAGUGAUCUGAGCGCAGAAGAAAUGCAGUUCGAGAAAGAAUAUUGGAAGCCGCGCACCUCCUUUCGGUGCACGCAAAUGCAAGUGUACGAUUUAGCAUGGAGCCCCUCAGGGGAAUAUAUUUUCGCCGGCAGCACAGAUAACACUGCUAGAAUUUUCAGUGCAGCAGACGGCAAAUGCAUGCACGAAAUCGCGGAGCACAAUCACUAUGUUCAAGGGGUGGCAUGGGAUCCUCUCAACGAAUAUAUAGCAACCCAAAGCAGCGAUCGAUCGAUGCACAUCUACAGCAUCUCAACAAAGCAGGGCAAUAUUGAAGUUCACGCGAUAGGCAAAAACACACGAAUGUCCCAUCAGCACACUCGCACGCCGAGCUCGCAUAGCUCAAGUCGUCCGCGCAUGUACCGUCGCGAAUCGACGACCAGCGACACUGAGUCUGUCAUCACGACGGUCAGUGAACAACAGAAGGAAGAAAGCUUCAGCUCUUCUGUGCCUCAACAUCACCCUGCUCCGUUAACGCCAGCCACGUCCAUCGCCAGCACCCCUUCUCAGUCCAUGUUCCCACCUCCGCCCAUGGACAGGCCUUCUUCACGCCGUUCCUCGUUCAGCGGUUCCAAUGCCCCUAGUUCUCCUUCACACUAUGCACGAUACGGGCGCUCUCCUUCCCCAAUGCCCGCACUUCCCGCGAUCCGUACAAGCCUUCCCUCGCCAGCCACGUGGCCCGUAAAGCUCUACGGUGACGAAAGCUUUACUAAUUUCUUCCGCCGACUGACGUUCAGUCCCGAUGGCGCGCUGCUUUUGACCCCCGCGGGCCAAUUCGAAGACCCAUCGGUGCUCCCCACUUCUUCUCGACCUCCGAAAUCCGACGAGCCGUCCCGAGGGAGAAAGAGCACCCCAAACAGCGAGCUAGCAAACCCUGUGUCUGCGUCCUCCGUCUACAUCUACUCACGUGCGAAUUUUGCACGCCCACCGAUCGCGCAGCUACCUGGCCAUAAGAAAGCUAGCAUCGCGGUCAAAUUCUCGCCUAUCCUCUAUGAGCUCCGUCCAGGCGGCUCUGGAUUUGAUGCACCUGCGGAGCCUAGGACCGUAGUGCUCGAGAGAGGGAAGGAUGAGACCGUUGUCGUUGACCCGUCCACUCCGGCGCCUAGCAGUGGUUCGGUGUUCGCAUUGCCAUACCGCAUGCUAUUCGCAGUGGCGACGAUGGACACCGUCACAAUCCACGACACACAACAGGCUGGUCCGAUCUGCCUGCUGACAAAAUUGCACUACGACGAGUUUACAGACAUGGCAUGGUCGCCGGACGGCCAGUGCCUCAUGUUGGCGUCCCGUGAUGGCUACUGCACCGUCGUUGUCUUCGACGAGAUUUUGCCAGCACAUCACACACAGCAGCAAACUCUCCAAUUCCAAUCUAUCGCACACCAUCAUUCCGUUCCUCUGACGACGUCUUCCCUCACACCCGCUACAACACCUUCUAUCGUAUCAGUUUCGCUUCCUUCAGCAUCUCCGGCCGUCACGCCUACCAUCCCGCUGAAGAGAAGCGAGCGACCUCCAACGCCGGCUAGUAUCUCAGGCACGGACGACCUUCCUGUUCUCUCUAGCGAUGGCGGCGCCGGUCAAGUGUCGGCAUUGGCGAAAUCCGAACACCACAAAGCUCAGGAGCCACCGAAGAAAAAGCGGAGAGUGGCGCUCACGAAAGUUGGAGAUAUUGGUUCUUAA